AGUCCGGUUCUCAUUUCCACUUCCCUUGCCUGGUGCGACACGAUUGCUUUUACACUUCUAGUCAAUGCAUAUCCUGCAUCCUUCUGAACUCUACAAUCGAAAGGUGAUUUGUGUCUGCGCUGCAGCAGACAGCCUCUCCGUAACAACAAUGAACAUCUCAGAGGAGCAGACACGGGGCUUCUAUGCAAGUGACUCCCAUGGAGAGAACAUUCUGUUUUCUACGUUUUACAUCCUGAUUCUCCUCCUGGCUGUCCCUGGGAACGCUUUGGCGCUGUGGGCCUUCUUUCGCCAAGAGUGCACAUCUCCGUUUAAGGUCUUCCUGAGGCACCUGUGCAUAGCAGACAUCUCUUACGUUCUCAUUUUACCCGUGCGAAUAGAUUACCACCUGUCCAAUCGCCACGGGCCUUUUGGACAUGUCCCCUGUCGAAUAGCAGGUUUCCUCUUUUACCUUAACAUGUACUGCAGCAUUUACUUGAUGAGUUUUAUCAGCCUGGACAGAUUUCUGGCUGUAGUUUUACCCAUAAAAUCACUGUCAGUAAGGAAGGCUAGUUAUGCAAAGAUUGCGGUUGGUAUACUUUGGGUGACAAUUAUUGUGUCUAUGAGUCCAAUACUUUUAUCCAAAGGGAUCGUGAGCAACAACUCAACGGGUGUCUGCAACAAGCUGUACUUAGAAAAGGCAUCUCCGAAGGCUUUACUUUCCACUAUAGUGGCAUUUGUUAUUCCCCUCACCACCAUAGUGGUUUGCUACAUACUGCUUCUGCUAAAACUAAGGGGAAUCAAGCAACAGGAGGAACGACCAGUGAAGGACAAAGCUGUAAGAAUGAUCAUUCUCAUCGUGAUGAACUUCCUUAUUGCAUUCGUGCCCUAUCAUGUGAGCAGGGUAAUCUACCUCGAAAGCCACAGUCGCGGUCACAUGACUGCAGCGACGCAGGAGUCACUCGGAAGAGCCAAUCGGAUCACAUCUGCACUGACGUGUGUUAGUGGUGUACUAGAUCCUGUGAUGUAUUUCUUCCUGAACCGUACAUACAGGGACAAGAUGCUUCAGCUGUUCUGUAAAAAAUAAAGAUGAUCAAUAAUACAAAAUGUAGACAAUAAAUGUUUUAACACAAACUGUCCUCUUUUUGUAUCUGUUCUAGUGAUCUGAUCAUCAUGAAUGUUUUGAUGAUUGGUUGAAUGACCACUGCUUUUGAACAUAAACCCGCUGAAGGCUGUAGAUGAAAAAUACUCCUCUAGUUGGGCUGUGAGACAUUUGAUAAUUUAUCAGUAAGAAUAUUUGCUAAAAGAGGGUUAGAUUUAUCUUUAUUUUAUGAUAACCAAAAUAUUAAGGAUUCAAAACUUGUGAGCUUUCACUUAACAUCUAAACUACUGUAAAGUUGAAGAUGCCUGUGCUUCAGUGACACGUUAUUACUCUACUUUUAGAUAAUAAUAACGCUAACUCAGCAAGUCAUUUUUAAGAAGAUAACAUAUUGGAUGCAGCAUAGCUCACAUCUACUAAUUUACAAGAUAUUUCUAGAGAGCAUUCCACUGCCCAUUUAAAGAUUUAAUUUCAAUAAGUAUAUUUU